AUGAAGGGCUCCAGAAUCACCGGAUGUCUAGCCUCCGCCUUGCUGGCCGGGGCUACACAAGCCUUCCAGAUGCGUCAACCACCACCCGUCGACUUGGUUCAAGGUUUCGACUGGAAGAACCCCUUCGCACUGGAAGCCAUGUCUGCAUUCCAACCUGCCUGCGAGGUUGAGACCAGCUUCAGCGCGCUCGAGUACACCCUUCACGAGUUGAUGGACCCUCCUCCUAAUGGACUCAAGCCUUGGGCAAAGGGCCUGAAGGAAGUGUUUGAUGGAAAGGAAUACCCUGGUGGAUGGUCUGGUCUAGAUUAUCACCUCCACGGCCGUAGCCUUCUGUUGAUGGACUACGACAAGCUGCCUCUCACUGUUCGUGAGUGGAUUGAAGAACAAGAACGAUCCGACGGCAAAGGAAAGGCACUCUUUGCUAUUCUUGAAAAGCCCAAGACCGAGGAAGAUGAGCUGGAACAUGUUGUCGAGUUCCCAGCUGCCGACAGGAUCGACCGCUCCGGCGAUGAACAAAAGGUUGCCAUCUUUGCACCAGGUGCUCUUUACGGAGUCCUCCCUCUCUGGGCAGCUGAAGCAAGCAAGUGUAAAGGCCAACUAGUCGAUCUAACCAAGUACGACACAAAACCCGUUGACGGCGGAGUUGUCGCUUGGAUUGAGCACUCCCAGCCGGAAGAUCACAGCAUGAAGUUCGACAUUAAGGCUCAGGUACUCAAGGCCAGCAACACCAAGGCCUCGGCAAAGGAGGAGCUGUGA